AUGUCGGGAGUCACGAACAUCAAAAACGAAGAAGCGGAGUUGUUGGACGAUUCAAGGUUGACAGAGCUGCCUCACGAGCCUCUCUCUCAUGGCCGCAACUUAUUGCAGUUGGAUUGUGGAAGCGGAGAAGACGAGUCGAUCGUCAAUGGCAGUGAGAACGGCGUCGAAGAUGGAAACAGCAUGGACGUCGAAGAACCUGACGUGAAUUCCGAGACAUGCUGGGCAUCGGACAAUAACAACGACGACGGGAAUAUCGGCAACGUGCUACUAGACUCCACAGAAGCUCUGCUGGUAGCCAGACAGCACGAACAGCGGCAGGAAGACCACAAGGAUCUGGACGAAGAAGACGCCAAAAAAGACGAUGAUGACGUUGAUUUUGAUAAGGAACCAAAGGAAACAGCAGAAGAGCUAGAAGACAUUGACAGUAUCCAGAAUGACUCUGUCAGCACUGUGAACAGUGCCGAAGACCGUGAGGCCGCCAUUCGAGAAGGAUUUUUUGUCUUCUUUUUUGGGUACCUUUCAGACUCUAUUGGUUGUGGCGCCUUUGAUCAGCUCAUGGCUUCACUGAUGGCGCUCAUGGCACCCAUCAUGGCCAUGGGGACCAAAUUGCUAAAAAAAGUUAAAGGAGAGGAUGACAAUGGACAAGAGGAUGCAGUUCAAGAGAUCAUUGAUAAUGUGCAAGGCACUGGAGCCAAUCCAUUCACUUCUGGUGGUGGCGGUGGAGGUGGAGGCGGCCCUCCUCCUGGGGUGGCCGAAAUGGCAACAGCCGCAUCCCAGGGAGCUGCCAGUGCGGGGGCGGCGGGAACUGCCACUGCGGGAGCAGCUGCUGCUGGAGGUACGUGUGCAAAUUGA